AAACUCGUCGUUUGCUUUCGUGUUCGCUUGCCGCAUCAUAUACUUAUCCGUGUCACAUUUUUGUAACCGAUUGUGUGAAGUUUCUAAUACUUACAAAAUGCCUGCCGGAAAGAAAUUAACGAAAGAAGAAGAAUUAUUGUUACAAGAUUUCAGUAGAAAUGUUUCAACUAAAUCAUCUGCUUUAUUUUAUGGAAAUGCAUUCAUCGUUUCAGCUAUCCCACUUUGGUUAUUCUGGAGAAUUCAUCAGAUGGACCCUUACCAGUCUGGUAUUUUGUUUGCUGUAAUGACACUUAUAAGCACAUGGCUCGUUGCAUUUGCGUACAAAAAUGUGAAGUUUGUCUUAAAACACAAAAUUGCUGUUAAACGGGAAGAAGCUGUCUCUCGAGAUGUAAUGAAAACUCUAGCUGAUGACAAAAAGAUGUCUAAGAAGGAAAAAGAUGAACGUAUUUUGUGGAAAAAGAAUGAAGUUGCAGAUUAUGAAGCCACUACAUUCUCCAUAUUUUAUAACAAUGCUCUAUACUUGAUGUUGAUAAUCAUCUUGUCAUUUUAUUGUCUCCGUUCAUUUGGACCCAGCAUUAAUUAUGUAGCGUCAGUUGGUGCAGCAGGAGGACUAUUGGCACUCUUUUCAACAAGCUCAAGUUAAAGACCUUCCACAAAAUACAUUUCUAAUAAAAACAUUACAUUUUU